AACUAGUGCAGAUAAAAAGAACAGGCCUAUAGUGUUCGGUACUAGAAAUCGGUCCAAGUUUUCGAACUGAGAACUGUACAGCCAAUAAAAUUGUUGCUUUUCUAAGUCCGAGAACUUGGAUCAAUUUUUACUAUUUCUAGUAUCAUGGGCUUAAGACUUGAGGUAUGUACGUUUUAAUAAAGACAUCCGACAAAGCCGCGACAAACUGCGCACAUGCAAUCUUAUCUCGAAUGAGCAUUCCGUUUCGGAUAGAUCAAACGGGACAAAUGUUCGAGAUAAACGCCGAGAGUUGACAGAUCUACGCUAUAUGGAAAUUUUCCAAGAAGUAAAUUUGCCUAGCAAAGUGGACGCGUGCUUUCCCCGCACUGGCAGAACAACGUGCCGGCAUGUGGCUGCGAAGAAAGGUCAACAUGACCUCUGAACCUUCCUUCUAAUGGUCCUUUGCAUGUGGUCGACAAUGACGGAGACACUCCCAGACAUUACGAAGCAUACGAGUCAGUUGGAAAUCGUUGCUGGAUCUGCCAUGUUAAGCUAAGCACCGGUGUUUUCUCGUUUUUUAUUGAAUAGGAAUCAACCGGAGAUAAUGCAUUGUCUGUUAUGGCGAAACGCGGUCACCAGUGCCGUCAACGACGGCAGAUGUAAUGCUCUGCAUGUGGCCGCGGAGAAGGGUCAGCUCGAGAUCUGCACCCUCCUUCUGAACAUUGGUGCUUCUUUGCAUGAGGUCGACGAGGAAGGAAACACGCCCUUGCAUUAUGCGGCACUCAGCAAUCAGCUGGAGAUAACGGAUCUACUGUUAUCGCGAGGCGCAGCCAUCGAUGCCGUCAAUAACAACAAACGUAGUGCUCUGCAUGUGACCGCGGAGAACGGUCGUCGCGAGGUCUGCACCUUUCUUUUGAACGCUGGUGCUUCUUUGCAUUUAGUCGAUAAGGACGGAAACACGCCCUUACAUUUAGCGGCAUACGACAAUCAGCUGGAGAUAACGAAUCUACUGUUAUCGCGAGGCGCGAUCGUCAACGCCUUGAACAACGUCAGACGUAGUGUUCUGCAUAUAGCCGCGCUGAAAAGUCAGCGUGAACUCUGCACCCUCCUCUUGGACGCUGGCGCAUUUUUGCAUGUGGUCGACCAGAACGGAUUUACGCCCUUGCAUUACGCGGCAUACGGCAACCAGCCGGAGAUAACAUAUUUGCUGUUAUCGCGAGGUGCAGCCAUCAAUGCCCUUAACAACGUCAGACGUACUGCCCUGCACGUAGCCGCAGAGAAAGGUCAGCAUGAGGUCUGCACCCUCCUUUUGGACGCUGGUGCUUCUUUGCAUACGGCUGACAAGGACGGAAACACGCCCUUGCAUUGCGCGGCCCUUGCCAAUCAGCCGAAGAUAAUGGAUUUAUUGUUAUCUCGAGGAGCGGCCUUCAAUGCCGUCAACAACAUUAGAUGUAGUGCUCUGCAUAUAUCUGCGUCGAGAAGUCAGCGCGAACUCUGCAGCCUCCUUCUGGACGUUGGCGCUUCUUUGGAUGUGGUUGAUCUGAACGGAUUCACACCCUUGCAUUACGCGAUAAUCGGCGAUCAACCCGAGAUCACGAAUCUUCUGUUAUCGCGAGGCGCAGCCAUCGAUGCUGUCAACUACGGCGGAGAUAGUGCUCUGCAUGUGGCCGCGCUGUAUGGUCACCGCGAACUUUGCAGCCUCCUUCUGGACUCUGGUGCUUUUUUACAUUUGGUUAACAAGAACGGAGACACGCCCUUGCAUUAUGCGGCAAUCGGCAAUCAGCCGGAGAUAAUGGAGCUACUGUUAUCGCAAGGCGCGGCCGUCAAUGCCGUCAGCAACGGCGACCGUAGUACUCUGCAUAUAGCAGUUAACAAACAGCAUGUGCAAUGCGUGAGAGUGUUGCUGGGUUAUCAUUGCGACAUUAAUCUCCAGGAUUCGUACGGCAACACGGCGUUGCACGACGCGAUCGGGAUGAAGGACGCAUUGGACGUGAUCGACGCAUUAUGCGCCUGCGAGACGGUAGACUUCACGUUGAGGAACAAACAGGGUUUCAACAUCCUGCAUUACGCCGCGCUCAAUGGCAACGCUCAUGCAAUGGGGAGGCUGGUUACACGCGCGCGUCACUUGGUGAACGUGAAAAAAGAGGACGGAUUCGUAGCGUUGCAUCUAGCGGCGUGGAACGGACACAGGGAAGUCGCAGCCAUCGUUCUCUCGCAAAACGGCUGCCACGCCAAAGUCGAUCUUCGCAACAAUAUAGGGCAAACGCCGUUGCACUUAGCGACUUUGAAGAGACACUGGCCGCUCGUCGAGCUGCUGGUGCAUCAUAAUGCGGACGUCGGCAGCACGGAUAAAGAUGGUGACACCGUGUUGCAUAUCGCGAUAGCCGACAGCCUGAAUCAACAGACUGCCGUGCCUACACUCGAAAGUAGCCGAAAUUCACCGCUUAUAUAUGCCAUCUGGCAAAAUCUGGCAAGGCAAGGUGCAAAGACUGAAUUAGCAUUAGCUUGUUUUCUGGUAAGCGUGGACAAAAGUUGCAAAGUUCUUGAGCAAGUCAUAAACAAUAAUGACAAGACGCCACUCGAUCUUCUGGAAGGCAAUCCACAGGCCACUCGGCUCGCCGGUCUUUUACGAUCUUACAAAUACCAAAAUCACAGGACGCAAUUAGAAAUCGAGAACAAUCCAUUAACCGGUUACCGGAUAGUAGAACUACCUCCGUAUCGGAUAAAUAAUAUAUCGCUAUCGGAAUUAGGAUUGCGCUGCGCGAAGAAGAAUAUAGUCGGCUCCUGCAACACCGCGGAAUGUCGGGAUGGCUUGGGGAUCAUAGCGGAGAACACGAAUCAGGAAAACCGAUUUGAUCCCAGCAGUAGUGUCACGCAAGUUAAUCGUAUCCGUUGCGGUUACAACGAAAUAAUGCAAAUGUUUGAAGACCGUCAGCUUGCGACAGGCAAGGUUUCCACAACCGAUCCGGAGAAUAAAUCGAAGGACGUAUCGUUGGAUGGCAAACACAAGGAAGAUAUCAGCGACAGGGAAAAGGAGAAGGACAAAAAUCUGGAGCGGCUACGUUAUUUGGAGACUAGAGUUGCGGAUCUCGAGGAGGCGAAUUUGUGCAGCAUCUGCAUGGACCAUCAUCGUAACAUCGUUUUCUGCUGCGGGCAUUCCGCGUGUAAGCACUGCGCCGCUCAGCUGAAGAUCUGUCAUAUAUGUCGCAAGAAGAUCAGAAGGAAGAUCAAUUUGUAUUAGACUGUCCGAUCAAUAAUCGGUUAGAUUAUCCGAUCAAUGAUCACGCUAGAACGUUACACCACGCGGUGCGCGCGUGUACAGUGUGUCUCGGGAGGAAAAGUCGGUGUCAGUGGUAAUAAUAGUAAAACGGCCGUGAUGCGUCCAGUUUUAAAGCAUUCCAGCGUUCUGGAUUCUAACACAGCUUAUAUAUGAGAAUGAGAGACACGUGUUCGCAGAAAUUUGUUCACUCGAAUCCAUGUUGCACAUUUCUCUUGAGACACUCUGUUUGCUUGGUCAAAAAGAAAUUCUGCCUUGCGAGGUGUCGAUGUAAGAGAAUAUUCACCAAUUAAUCGUGAGGAUGCUCUUAUUACGUCGCGCGCUGGUUAAAAUUAAAUGUACCAAAUGUUACUAAAAUGUACACUUCCUAUCCGCAAAAAAUUUGUACGAAAGAGACGAAUCUCUUAUAUCGCAUCGAACAUCGUGCCAUAUAUUAUAGUGAGACAGAUUUACGCGUAACACGAGAAUCAUAUUUGUUUGGACACGAGAUAGUUCGAUCUCACGUUAACUUUUAUUUUUUUUGUAGGCUAUUAGUUAAGUAAUCUGUUAUUAAUACCAAUUGAUUUCUAAGAAAACUCAUAGUAUCGAUAUAAGCAUCAAUAUCAAGUAUAAUUAUUAUUCGAGUAAACAAAUAAGAUGUGCUUCUCAAUGUUUACGAGAAAGAAGUUGAAAAAUUUCGAGGUACUGAUCGAGGUACUGAUAAACAAGUUCAGCGCAGAGCGUUUUACCGAUGAUUUAGUUUUAGUAGCAUAGGAGUAACACACUUGAUUUGUAACGUCGACGUUGCAGGUUCGAAUUCCCAAUUUUUUUUUAGUAGACUGCAAUUUUUUACACAAACGUACAUCACAUAAAUUAACACAUUUUAUUUAUUUAUUGUACAUUACAAAAAGAUGCAUUUUCUCGCUUGCGAUUUUUGCCGAGAAAAUUUAUUUAAUGGAUGUUGUAACACAAAACACGAAUAAAUGUGAAACAUAUUUCAUUCUUUAACAAGA